AUGGCCCGCAUCAAGCCAUGCCGCCCCGACCUCACAGCCGCCCCGCCUGGACCUCGUCGGAGCGCUCCCUCGCCGGAUCUCCUCCCCGUCCCCGUCGGUCGUCCCCGUCCUCCUCCACAACGGCUCCCUCGAGCCUCGCCGCCCCUUGGUCUCUACUCGAACGUGAGGCCCGCCUCCCCUCUCUUCCCUCUCUGUCCGGUGCCGCCUCCCAGCCGUCCCCGCGCUACGCCGCCAUGGCCGAAGCUCGCUCCGCGCAUGCUCGCUCGCGGCCCUGACCACGCCCGUCUCUGUGCUCACCCCAGCGCACGCCCACGAGCUCCAGGGCGCCCCCGCACGCGCGACCCACGCCAUCCAGCCGCGCUCUGCAACAGCCCAGCUGCAGCCGCCGCGCGCCCGCCUCGCCUCCUGCUGCUCGCUACUGCUUCUGUCGCGCCCCGCCUCCGCUUUUCACCGCGCUGGCAGCGCCGCUGCUUAGCCCCACAGCCGCCGCAUCCUAGCGCCGCCAUCCCCGCGCACCAGGGUCGCCGCCGUCCGGGGUCACACCCUGCUCCCCGGCCCCUGUCACGGCCAAGCGAGGCCGCCGGCGCCGCGUGCCCGCACGAGCCCAGCCGCUCCCCUAUUGGAUUAGUGGGGAUAACCCCCCAGAUUAGAUUAAGUGCUAACCCCCCUUGUGAGUAUGACUAG